AUGCCGUUGGCACUGCCGUGGGGCCAGAAGAACCCCCGGGGGCUGCAGCCAGCUAGCCCCCUGGAGUCCCACCUAGAGCCCUCACCACGCCCCCACCUGUGCCAGGUAAGAGGGACAGGCGGGCCACCGGCACAGGUCCUCGCUGAGUGUGAGGGCUGGGGCCACCAUCCCAUGUCCCCUACCCACCUGGCUGCCAAGGACCCUGUUCGCCAGGGCCUGCCUUCCAUCCUCUACCGGGGUGCCGCUUCCUGCCAGUCUUUCUACCUGACCAGGGCCCAGAGCAGCCGUGAAGAUGCUGCCAGGCACCUCACUGCCCAGUCCCACUUCAGACACACGUGCCACCCUCAGCUCCGAAGACCUGACAGCCGGCACCACCGAGGCCAAGCACUGCAAUGCCAGACACAUGGUCCCUGCAGGGAAAGCCUCGCCUGGAAUAAACAGGAUGCCGAGAUGACCCUGCCUCCACAGGGCACCAGGCCCCACGGUCACCGCAGAGACAGGAGCCAGCCACAAGCAGAGGCCCAAGUCCAGGACCCCGGGAGGCACCGCUCCCUGAGGCUAGGACCGAGGACUGCCCAAAGGACCCACGUCAGCAGGAAGAGGGGCAAGUGGUCCAGGAUUGCAGGGGUCCGGCAGAGCCACACCCGGGUGCCAGGCUGGGCCCACAAAAGACCGAUGGGGAGCAGCCAAGAGGAGCAGCCCCUGCACCUGCCAAGCCAGUCGGGCCAAGACGCAGACCUCCUGGACGCUGCUGACACCGCCAGGCCUCAGGCCUCUCUCCUGGAGAGGCACCUGGCAGAGGGGGAGAGGCAGCUGCACGGCAGUGGGCAAGGGCCCUACUUCUACAUCGGAGGCACCAACGGGGCCUCCAUCAUCAGCUCCUACUGCAAGGGCAAGGGCUGGCAGCGCAUUGAGGACAGCCGGCGGGAGGACUACAAGCUGAAGUGGUGCGAGGUCAAGUGCAGAGACAGCUACUACAGCUUCCGGGAAGGCGAACAGCUGCUCUACCAGCUCCCCAACAACAAGCUCCUCACCACCAAGAUUGGGCUGCUCAGUGCCCUGAGGGAGUACUCGAGGGUCGUGAGCAGGACCCACAAGACAUCGCCGUGUGCCCAGGCCAAAUCCAGAAAGGACACAACCUCCGCCCUUGAGGAGCUCGCGUGGACCAGCCCAGGAUGCUUUGGGCCACAGAGAGUCCUGAAAAUGGAAGAAUUUUUCCCAGAGACCUACCGUCUGGACAUCAGGGACGAGAGAGAGGCUUUCUUCACUCUCUUUGAUGAAAAUCAGACGUGGAUCUGCAAGCCCACGGCCUCCAACCAGGGCAAAGGCAUCUUCCUGCUCAGGAACCAGGAGGAAGUCGCCGCCCUGCAAGUCAAGACCCAGAGCAUUGAGGACGACCCCAUCUACCGCAAGAUGCCGUUCCGGGCGCCUCAGGCGCGGGUCGUGCAGAGGUACAUCCAGAACCCACUGCUACUGGAUGGGAAGAAGUUUGACGUGCGUUCCUACCUGCUCAUCGCCUGUGCCAUGCCGUACAUGGUCUUCUUUGGUCACGGCUAUGCCCGCCUCACUCUCAGCCUUUAUGACCCCCAUUCCAGCGACCUCAGUGGCCACUUGACCAACCAGUUCAUGCAGAAGAAGAGCCCCCUGUACAUGCUGCUCAAGGAGGACACGGUAUGGAGCAUGGACCACCUCAACCGCUACAUCAACAACAAAUUCCGGAAGACCAAGGGACUCCCUAGGGACUGGGUCUUUACUACCUUUACGAAGCGGAUGCAGCAGAUCAUGGCUCACUGCUUCCAGGCUGUCAAGUCCAAGCUGCAAUGCAAGCUGGGCUACUUCGACCUCAUUGGCUGUGACUUCUUGAUCGACGAAAACUUCAAGGUGUGGCUGCUGGAGAUGAACUCCAACCCCGCCCUGCACACCAACUGUGAAGUCCUGAAGGAGGUGAUCCCGGGCGUGGUCACGGAAACCCUGGACCUGGCGCUCGAGACCUUCCAGAAGAGCCUGCGCGGCCAGAAGAUGCUGCCUCUGCUGUCCCAGCGCCACUUCGUGCUCCUGCACGACGGCGAGGCCGACCUCUGGCCGCGCCCCGGGGGCUCCCGGGGCGCCCUGCGCGCGCCGCCCCCGCUCCGCGCCGCCCCGCGGCCAGGCGCGCGCACGCCCGCACCACCCCGGGGGCCCGGCGGCGCGCACGCGCGGCCCCGACCCCCGGGCCGCGGCCCCGACGGCGGCACCCAGAGCCGGGAGCCCGGGGCCGAGCGGCCGCGAGAGGGAGCGGGGGGCCCGGCGCGGGAGCCGUCCCCGGGGCUGGCGGAGGAGGAGCGCAAGAGCGCGGGCCAUCGCGGCUCCUAG